GGACCUGCUGGAUAGAGCCCGGUGUGGCCAGGGCUCGGCAGAGCUCCUGGCACCGCCUUUUCCCAGCCGGCUCUCGUGGGUGGGGAAAGGCAGGAGUGACGCUGAGUGUAAGGAUGGAGAUGCCGGCUCCAGUCGCGGGGUACUGGGGAAAGGGGUUGGCUUCCCUGGGACAGGGAUGAGAUGCCGGUGUGGGGUUGCUAGGAGACGCGCCUGUGUGACCCCAGCCUCGCGAGGGCGGCUUGGUGUCAUCGCUGCUGGCCUCGGGAGACCUGCCUAAGGGAACUGGCACGUGGGCGAGAUCCUGCUUGGGACCCUUAAGACUUUCCCAUUGUAAAUGGAAGGCCACAGGGGCAGUUCUAGGAGGCUGGAGAGAUGUCCGCCUUGAGAAAGGCCACCCAAACGGUCCCGGAUGUAGGAAUCAGACUUCAGAUCUGUUAAACAGGAGCAGUUAUUUCUAGACUAAUUAAAAAUCCUGAUUCAAAACUGUAUAUCUGCCUGACUGCCUACUGUCAAACUGCAUCUUUAUGUGGAUUUUCUUCCUCUUACUCUGGUGCAUCUGAAGAUGACAGCAGCAACCCGAAAAGAAGUCCUCUGCCUCUACCGAAGCAUUUUCAGGCUUGCAAGGAAAUGGCAGGCAGCAUCAGGGCAGAUGGAAGACACCAUCGAAGAAAAACAGUACAUACUAAAGGAAGCCAGAACCCUGUUCCAGAAAAACAAAAAUCUCACAGACCCAGACCUGAUUAAACAAUGUAUAGUUGAAUGCACAGCCAGGAUUGAGAUUGGACUGCAUUACCAGAUUCCUUAUCCAAGACCUAUCCAUCUGCCUCCAAUGGGUCUCACCCCACGACGAGGCCGGGGACUUCAAACCCAGGAGAAACUGAGAAAACUUUCCAAACCGGUGUAUCUGAAGUCUCAUGAUGAAGUUUCCUAACAAAGAGGACAGUUUACUUUUGAGGGUGGUGUGCCAACUCAGUUUGAAUGUAAACCAGGCAAUAUAGCCUUCUUGAUUAGAAGAAAAAAAUACCUUCAGACCUCCAAAAUUGUUCUUCACCUAUGACAUGUGGCUUCAGGCAUCCCUAGAGGUUUUCAGGGUCUUGUUUGCUGCCUGAGAUGAGGACUAGCUUGGUGAUCAGGUCUGAUGGUCAUUUAUGGUGUCAACUUGACCACACCUAGAAUUAACCAAAACCCAAGCAUCCGGGUACCUGUGAGGGAUUUUUCGUAAAUCAUUUAAAGUUGGAAGAUAUACCUUUUGAGGUAGGAAGAUACACUAUUAAUCUGUAUCACACCUUCUAGUUAUGGCUUAUAUAAAGGACAUGGAAGAAGGAAGCCUUUGUUCUUUGCCUGCUUGCCCUCACUGGCAUUAGAUUCUACUUCUUUGGGAUUCUGACAUAUCCUGAAGACUAGCUGAGACAUCCAGCUUCAUGGACUGAACAAUUACUGGAUUCUCACACCUUCCAUUUGAAGACAGCCAUUGCUGGACUAGCUGGCUCACAGCCUGUAAUCCCCUCUAAUAAAUCCCGUGUGUGUGUGUGUGUGUGUGUGUGUGUGUGUGUGUGUGUGUGUGUGUGUGUGUGUGAGAGAGAGAGAGAGAGAGAGAGAGAGAGAGAGAGAGAGAGAUUCAUUCUUUCAGUUCUGUCUAGAGAACCCUGGCUAAUACACCAGGUUUGCCUGAUGUCAUCUGCUGAGCUAUUUAUAGCAGAGCUUGCUGUUUCUUGUCAAGUUAAGCUCUGACCAUCUUUGCCCAGGACUUUAGCCUCUAACUCACCAUGAUUUCGGAAGGACAUAUUCCUUUUCCCAGGAGGAAACAGCAUUACCAUAUUGACCCCAACUGAAAGUGACCUCAAAUUUAGGGCAAUCUUUGUUUUCAAACUGGAGGAAAUACUUUAAAUUUCAAAAAUGUAAUCCAUCACACAAAAACAUUUUGUCCCUUGACCCUGGAGGAAUGAGGAGUCCUUGCCUUUCUCAGCUUUUCAGUGUUGAAUGAAGCUGGAGUUAGAUAACUGUAAUUCAAAUUCAUUUGCUCUCUUAGCAGCCCCCUUGUGCCAGCUCUUCUACAGCCUGCAAUAUGACUGACCUACCAUCCAAGAGUUACAGGGUUGGAUCCUGUCUCUCUAUCUCACAUGACUGAUCUUAUUUGGAACGAUUCAGUCAUCCUAUUAGUGCUUUCUAAUUGAUCCACACAUUGGGACAAAGGAGGUUUCCUUCUUUAAAAGAAAAUUAAAAAAAAAAAAAAAAAAAACCUUUAGUGACCUACUUUGAGUAAAAGUGUACUUCCUUAUUGUCUCUGUUACCAUGCACUUACUCUUUCUGGGCACUUGGAUAGUUUGUUCAUCUCAGUUUGGUUGACACCAUGAUGAAAUUGAAACCAAAGUUUUCUGGAAUAGCUUUAUUUUGAUCUGAGGCUUGCCACAUUCAGGAAUAGUCACAGGUCUUGAAUCAAGGCAUUUGUUUUUAGUGAAGAGGUAGAAAAGCCAGACCAUACACAUUAAGACUCAAACAACCCAUUUCUGCUCCACUCUGAAUAUCCCAAAUAAAGCCACUUAGAUCCCAAGAGCUACAUAAGAGAACUGGGGAAGAAUACCUCAGGCACCUGAUGUUCUUGUCUCACUCUGGAUGCUCUGGAGAGAAACAAGAGAUGAAAAUUCCUUGGACACAUUCAUGUGCCUGGAAUUACAACCUCUCCCAAGAGUCUACAUCAGAACAGCCAAGUCCUUGGCCAGCAGGCAGCACAUGGUAGUAAGAGAUACAUGUAUUCAAGAGCCAGAGAACUUCCACCUGGCAGUAUAAGCUCUGGGCUACUCUCAGGCAAGCCAUGUCCCUGAGCCACCAGGUUGGGAAGACUAUCAUUCCCAGCACAUGGGAGUAAACAAAUUGGCCAAAUGCCUGGGCACGAACCCUUUGCACAAUAGGCACACAUUUCUCCAGGAAGGAGAGACGAGAGAAGUUAGCCCAUUCAUGUGACUGACAGAGAAGGGCUGGAAGCUGAUGUGGGAAUGUAGCUCAAUGGAGUGCUUAAGGUCAUAGACUCAAUCCUUGACAUCAAGCAGCAGCUGAACUUCUACCUCUGACUGCCUGGAACCUAAUCAGUACCAGUAAGGUAGAAGUGAUAAUCCUUACCGCCCAAGUUUGUAAGAUUUGCUUUUAACAUAUAAGUAAAAGCUGGAGAGAUAGUUCAGUGGUUAAGCGUGUUUGUCACUCCUGCAGAGAACGUGGGUUCAGUUCCCAACAUCCACAUGGCAGCUCACAACUAUUUGUAACUCUAUUUCCAGGGAUUUAUUUU